GAAAACUCCACUUCCCACAGUGCUCUGCUCCAUUCUCAAGCUCUCGCAUAGGAUCACAGACGUCUUUCAGGAGGAAAUAACGGGUGCUCGUCUCUGUUUCUGAGGCCUGCUGUGGAAAUCUGAGCUUCAAAAUGGGAAACAUGGAAUAAGAUCUCCAAACCAACUCCAGUCAUUAGUUUUCUAAAACUAGGUUUACUAUCUUCCGUCAAGAGCUGUUCCAAUUUGUAGCCUCCUCAGUUUUAUGUAGCCGUUCCUGGAAGCUCUUCAUUUUGGACGUGGGAACGGUUGAGCUGUUUACCAGCGCUGGAGGAAAGGCCUAAUCCCAAAUCCUUCUGGAGAGUGCCAAGACACUGGCUGACUCGAAACUGACGGGAUUAACUUCAUAUUAGAUCUGGGAGACAAGGGAAAGAGAACACCUGCUUGUUUUUACAGGCACAUCCAGGCCACGCUGCUCUGGAUCUUGUAUGCGAAACGCCACCUUCCAUUGUCAAGUUUGGCACAAUUUGUGCACUUCCCAGAAUUGCCUCCUGCUGUAGGACGUGAUAAUCCAGAAUCAUUCAGAAUCAAGGUCAGACGUCCUUGACUGCAGAGAAGGGACGGUGCUCGCCUUCAGCCCCAAAAUAUUAAGACUUGAGACUUUGUUGGUUACAUUAUGACAUUAAAAGCGUAGAGCACAAGCAGAUCUGCAUCGUCUGUGUCCGAGAAGACCCAUCAGCCAAGCUGGAAAGAAAAACACGGCUUCAGAAAGAGGGGGCGUACUGAACCAGGUUGUUCUUAUUCUGCUCCAGUCAUUUCUCUGCUCUUCGUUGUGAUGGAGUGACCACUGCCCUGUGAAGGACUACACCCAACCCAAAAUGCUAGAUUGGAGCGUGCGUCUGAGCUGAGCAGGAGAACAUUAACUAGUAACAAAGUGAGAACUCUAGCUCAAGAACUGGAGAUGCUGUAUUAGGUCCAUCCCUGUCGGAAGCUGUUUGAGAAAGUGCUGGGGACAUGUCCUCACCAUAAUGACAUAUAUAUGCGCACACACACACACACACACACACACACACACUUAGAGCAGCUUUGCCGGAGGGACAUUAGACUCCCUGUCUGGGCUCCCGCUGUUCAGAACCUGUGUUGCUCUUUCUUCCCCUUCUCUUCUUCGGUUUGAAUGGCUGAGGACAAGAGGCGCUUUGAAGGAGGCUGGAAUUGGCCGUGGUUCGGUCACAGUUGACAGACUGCCGCUCGGUUCCCGCUGAUCGUCGUCCCCCGUGUAUAUUUAACCACUUCUCCCCUGUCCCACAAGCCCCUGCUUUAGAAUUUGGAGCUCUGUGGGAGAGCAGAGGUGGGCAAAUCCUUUCCCAGCACUGUUUUGACACAGCUUCAUCAGAACUCCCUCUCUCUUCUUUUGUCUCCGCUCCUCUUGACCUGGACAUUAGCAUCCGUCAGAUAAGCCGAGGAGGAUGAAACUGAAGAAGCAGGUGACCGUUUGCGGCGGGGCCAUCUUCUGCGUGGCCGUCUUCUCUCUCUACCUGAUGUUGGACCGCGUCCAGCACGAUCCCGCCAGGAGACACAGCGCCGGGAACUUUCCUAGGAGCCAGAUUUCGGUGUUGCAGAACCGCAUUGAGCAGCUGGAGCAGCUCCUGGAGGAGAACCAUCAGAUCAUCAGCCACAUCAAAGACUCUGUGCUGGAGCUCACCGACACGGGGGCCAUCUCUCCCAGCGGUCACCUCCCUUUCCGUAGCGCCAAUGGCUCCUGGGUGCUGCCCUUUGAUGGCAGGCCCACCUUCCUCUCCAUCAAGCCACUGGAUUGCCAGUUCGCACUGGGCCACAGGAGCCAAACAGACCUGCAGAUGCUGGAUGUAUACUCCUUGCUGAGCUUCGAUAAUGUGGAUGGAGGUGUUUGGAAGCAAGGCUUUGAGAUCACCUACGAGCCCAACGAGUGGGACGACGAGCCCCUGCAAGUGUUUGUGGUCCCUCAUUCGCACAACGAUCCAGGAUGGAUCAAAACAUUUGACAAGUACUACAAUGACCAAACCCAGCAUAUCUUCAACAACAUGGUGGUGAAACUGGCCGAAGAUCCUCGCAGGAAAUUCAUUUGGUCGGAAAUCUCGUUCUUCGCCAAGUGGUGGGAAACCACAGAUGUCCAUAAACAAGAGGCAAUGCGCAAGCUGAUCCUUAGCGGACAGCUUGAGAUGGUGACGGGAGGCUGGGUCAUGACGGAUGAGGCCAACGCUCACUAUUUCGCCAUGAUCGAUCAGCUGAUUGAAGGCCAUCAGUGGCUAGAGAAAAAUCUGGGUGUGAUUCCUCGCUCAGGCUGGGCCGUUGAUCCGUUCGGGCACAGCGCCACGAUGCCUUACCUACUGAAACAGGCGAACAUAAGCAGCAUGCUGAUCCAGAGGGUCCAUUACUCCAUCAAGAAGCACUUUGCUGCCACACGGAGCCUUGAGUUCAUGUGGAGGCAGGCCUGGGAUAUUGAAUCGGGCACAGACAUGUUCUGUCACAUGAUGCCAUUUUACAGCUACGACGUGCCUCACACGUGCGGCCCAGACCCCAAGAUCUGCUGCCAGUUUGAUUUCAAGAGACUGCCGGGCAGUCGAGUCAACUGCCCGUGGAAGGUGCCGCCCCGAGCCAUCACAGAUGCCAACAUAUCUGAGAGGGCUGGCGUUCUGCUUGAUCAGUACCGUAAAAAAUCCAAGCUGUUUCGUAGCAAAGUGUUGCUGGUUCCUCUUGGGGAUGACUUCCGCUACGACAAAGCUUUAGAGUGGGACCAGCAGUACUUCAACUACCAGAAACUGUUCGAUUACAUGAACUCUCACCCAGAAAUGCAUGUAAAGGCCCAGUUUGCGACGCUUACAGAUUACUUUAAUGCAGUGUACAAGGCUAAAGGGGUCCCUCCGGGGACGAGACCCCCCGAUUACCCUGUGCUGAGCGGGGACUUCUUCGCUUAUGCGGAUAGAGAGGACCAUUACUGGAGUGGAUACUACACCUCACGUCCCUUCUACAAAAACCUGGACCGUGUGUUAGAAUCUCACCUACGAGGGGCAGAGAUUCUGUACAGCCUGGCGGUGGCUCACGCCCGGCGUGCGGGACUGGAAGGACGUUAUCCCGUCUCAGAUUACUCCCUCCUCACCGAUGCCAGGCGCAACAUAGGGCUGUUCCAGCACCACGAUGCCAUCACGGGCACCGCCAAAGAGGCUGUGGUCAUCGACUACGGAAACAGGCUAUUACGUUCUCUGGCCGGUCUGAAACGAGUGAUCAUUAAUGCUGCACACUUCCUGGUAAUAAAGAAUAAAGACAUUUAUCGCUUCUUCCAGACGGAGCCUUUCUUAGAGACGGACGACAGACGCGCCACACAAGACUCUCUCCCGCAGCGUACUCUUAUCGAGCUGGAAUCUUCUCCCAGGUAUCUGGUGCUGUUUAACCCCGUGGAGCAGGAGCGUCUGUGUGUGGUGACAGUGCUGGUGAAUUCGGUGAGAGUUCGGGUGCUCACUGAAGACGGGCAGACUUUACCGGUUCAGCUGAGCGCGCAGUGGGUGUCUGCCGUUGAGAUGAGUGGAGAGGUCUACCAGGCCUCUUUCAUGGCACGCCUCCCCGCUCUGGGAUUGGCCGUCUUCCACCUGUAUGACUCUGCUGACUCCCCCAUGACCCUGCGCUCUGAUACGCUGCUCAGGAUCCCGGGACGGGGUCAGAGCAUACGGGGUUUGGACCCUCUGCCCGUGCGAUCGCAGACGGUGGACGCCCAGCCGUUCUACAUCCAGAGCCAGUCUCUCACCCUGGGCUUCUCUGGAACCACAGGCCUGCUGGAGAGUGUUCGACGUAAAGACGAUCCUCAGGAGGUUAGGGUACAGAUUCAGUUCCUCACAUACGGGACUCGACCCUCCAAGGACAAGAGCGGGGCCUAUCUCUUCCUGCCGGACGGAAAUGCCAAGCCGUAUUCGCAGAGAGAAGCCCCUGUAGUGCGUGUGGUGGAAGGGCCUCUCUUCGCCGAGGUUGUGGCACAUUAUCAACACUUCCAGCAGAUGGUCCGCAUUCAUAAUGUUCCAGGAGUCGAUGGUCUUUCUCUGGACAUCACCACCAUGGUGGACAUCAGAGAUCAGAAUAACAAGGAGCUGGCCAUGCGGCUGGUCACCGACAUUCAGAGCGGAGAUACUUUCUACACCGACCUCAACGGCUUCCAGAUCCAGCCUCGCCGGUACUUCCAGAAACUUCCACUGCAGGCUAAUUUCUACCCGAUGCCUGCCAUGGCAUAUAUUCAGGACAGCCAAUACAGGCUCACGCUCCACACGGCCCAGGCACUGGGCGUCAGCAGCCUGGCCAGCGGUCAGCUGGAGGUGAUCCUGGACCGCAGACUGAUGCAAGACGAUAACAGGGGUCUGGGGCAGGGUCUGAAGGACAACAAACGAACGGCCAAUCGCUUCCGUCUUCUGCUGGAGAGGAGGAGCGGCGCUGGAAAGCCGGUGGACAGCAGAACUGUCAGCUUCCCGUCGCUGCUCAGUCACAUGACCUCCACCAUCCUGAACCAUGAGGUGCUGGCACUGCCCGUGUUGUCCUGGAAACACGGCGUGCCGCCCAUUCGUACCUUCGCUCCAUUGGCUGGCACCCUGCCCUGCGACUUCCACCUGCUGAACCUCAGGAGCAUCCAAAGCCUGCAGGACGCUCACGCUCCGUCUCCUUACACGGCUCUGCUCCUCCAUCGACUGGGUCUGGAUUGUGGUCUGGAGGCCCAGAACCCUGGUUUCAACUGUACCACCACACAAGGCCAGCUCUCCAUUUCGGGGCUGUUUCGUGGGCUAGAUCUUCAUCUCCUGCAGCCCAUGUCUCUGUCUCUGAUGCACUCUCAGCCUCCGCUCUCCAACGACUCCUCCAUCAAUCUGGAGCCAAUGGAGAUCUCCGCCUACAAGCUCAAGCUGUGCUAGAACACGGUUGCACCAGAACCGGGCUCUCCGUGUGGACCCUUGGAACCUGC